CCGUUUUUAUAAAUGAAGACGAAGAAGUGAAGCGGCAUAAAAGAAAAUCAAGAAAGAAAUUAAAGUGAAAUGGAGACGUUGAAAGUAUACUUCGUUCCGUUCUUCGCACAGGGUCAUCUGAUUCCUCUUGUUCACUUGGCUCGUUUGGUGGCUUCACGAGGCGAGCAUGUGACAAUCAUCACCACUCCCGCCAACGCACAACUGUUUGACAAAACUAUUGAGGAGGACAGAGCAUGCGGAUACCACAUCCGUGUUCACCUCGUCAAAUUCCCCAGCACCCAAGUGGGUCUCCCUGGUGGGGUCGAGAACUUGUUCGCCGCAUCCGACAACCUCACCGCCGGCAAGAUACACAUGGCGGCUCACCUUAUUCAGCCCGAAAUUGAGGGUUUCAUGAAGCAGAGCCCUCCCGAUGUGUUGAUUCCAGACAUCAUGUUCACCUGGAGUGAAGCCUCAGCCAAAAGCCUAGGAAUUCCCAGGCUCAUUUUCAACCCAAUUUCCAUCUUCGAUGUUUGUAUGAUUGAGGCCAUUAAGAGUCACCCAGAAGCCUUCACUUGUUCUGAUUCAGGGCCCUAUCAUAUCCCCGGUCUCCCUCACUCCCUUACUCUUCCAAUUAAACCAUCCCCUGGCUUUGCUAGACUCACUGAAUCCCUGGUACAAGCUGAGAAGGGCAGCCACGGCGUUAUUGUGAACAGCUUCGCUGAGCUUGACGCUGGCUACACUGAGUAUUAUGAGAACCUCACCGGCCGGAAAGUGUGGCACAUAGGUCCUACUUCGCUCAUGGUACACAACAAGAAGAGUACUACUCAAGCUGCUCUUGCUCUUGAUCAUGAACAACACGAGUGCCUUACCUGGCUCAGCUCCAAGGAACCAAACUCGGUGGUUUAUAUUUGCUUUGGGAGCCUGUGUCGUUUGUCAGAUGAGCAGCUUUUCCAGAUAGCCAGUGGACUUGAUGCCUCCGGGCACCAAUUCCUUUGGGUGGUCCAUCGGAAAAACAAAGACGACGACGUUGCGGACAACAAAUGGCUGCCGGAAGGUUUCGAAGAGAAGAUGAGGAAAGAAAACAGAGGAAUGAUGAUCAAGGGUUGGGCCCCACAGCCGUUGAUUUUGAAUCAUCUGGCGACCGGUGGGUUUCUAACGCACUGCGGAUGGAACGCGGUUGUGGAAGCUAUCAGUGCUGGGGUUCCCAUGAUUACCAUGCCAGGAUUCAGUGACCAGUACUAUAACGAGAAGCUGAUAACAGAGGUGCAUGGUUUUGGGGUGGAGGUUGGCGCAGCUGAAUGGAGCAUAUCACCGUAUGAUGGUAAGAAGAAAGUGGUGAGUGGAGAACGUAUAGAGAAGGCAGUAAAGAGUUUAAUGGGUGAGGAAGGUGCAGAAAUCAGAAGCAAAGCCAAAGAGGUGCAAGACAAAGCUUGGAAAGCCGUUCAACAAGGUGGAUCCUCCUACAACUCUCUCACCGUCCUCAUAGACCACCUCAGAACCCUUGUCACCAAACCUGCAAACUAAACUAGCUCCCUUGCUUGAUGGAUGUACUAAAAGAAAAUAGCGCAGAUCUACAUUCUACAUUAAUAUUUUAUUCACACUUCACUUUCUAUUCAA